AUGAGUCUGAGCGAGGAUGAGGUGGAGAAGUUUCUUGAUAGUAACCCUAGUUUUGCCCAGCAGUACUUUGAUAAAAACAUGAAAACAAGUGAAAAUGAAAGUGAUAUCCUGUUUGAAUUAAUCCAAGACAUGCAGGAAAGCAUCAACAUGGAGAAGGUGGUUUUCAAGACCCUGAGAAGAAUCAGCUCUCUCAUCCAUGCAGACCGCUGCAGUCUUUUUAUGUACAGGCAGAGAAAUGGCAUAGCAGAGUUGGCUACCAGGCUUUUUAAUGUACAAGAAGGAAGCACACUGGAGGAAUGCUUCGUGACUCCAGACUGUGAAAUUGUCUAUCCUUUGGACAUAGGUGUGGUGGGGCAUGUGGCUCAAACCAAGAAAACAGUGAACCUCAAGAAUAUGCAUGAGUGUGCGCAAUUCAGUACAUUUGUUGAUGAACUCACAGAAUUUACUACAAAGUGCAUCCUUGCAACACCCAUCAUGAACGGCAAAGAUGUAGUUGCUGUGAUCAUGGCUGUCAAUAAAACAGAUGACACAAACUUCUCUGAUGCUGAUGAAGCACUUUUCCUGAAGUAUCUGAAUUUUGCCUCCCUAAACCUGAAAAUUUAUCAUUUGAGUUACCUUCACAAUUGUGAGACACGAAGAGGCCAGGUGCUGUUGUGGUCAGCUAACAAGGUGUUUGAGGAACUGACAGAUAUUGAGAGACAGUUCCACAAAGCCUUUUACACAGUGAGAGCCUAUUUGAACUGUGACAGAUACUCUGUGGGCCUCCUGGAUAUGACCAAAAAGAAGGAAUUUUUCGAUUUGUGGCCAGUUCUAUUAGGUGAAGUUCCAGCUUAUACAGGACCCCGGACUCCUGAUGGCAGAGAAAUAAUAUUUUACAAGGUCAUUGAUUAUAUCUUACAUGGAAAGGAAGACAUCAAAGUUAUCCCAAAUCCCACAGCAGAUCACUGGGCUCUUGUUACUGGACUCCCAACAUAUGUAGCUGAAAGUGGUUAUAUCUGCAACAUUAUGAAUGCUGCUGCAGAUGAAAUGUUUAAAUUUCAGGAAGGUCCUCUAGAUGAAUCGGGAUGGACUAUCAAAAAUGUUCUAUCCAUGCCAAUAGUUAACAAAAAAGAAGAAAUUGUUGGUGUUGUCACAUUUUACAACAGAAAAGAUGGGAAGCCAUUUGAUGAACAAGAUGAAACUCUCAUGGAGUCCUUGACGCAGUUCCUGGGCUGGUCUGUGCUUAACACUGACACAUAUGACAAGAUGAACAAGCUAGAGAACCGAAAAGACAUUGCUCAAGACAUGGUGCUCUACCAUGUGAAAUGCAGCAAGGAUGAAAUUCAGGAAAUCUUGCCAACACAAGAGAUACUUGGGAAAGAACCAAAUGAGUGUGAAGAAGAAGAACUGGCAGAAAUACUGCGUGAUCAACUCCCAGACCCUGGUGAAUCUGAAAUCUACGAGUUCAGGUUCUCUGAUUUUGAGUGCUCUGAGCUUGACCUCGUGCGGUGUGGAGUUCAGAUGUACUAUGAGCUUGGAGUGGUGAAAAAAUUCCAGAUUCCACAAGAGGUACUGGUAAGAUUUGUGUACUCUGUCAGCAAGGGUUACAGGAAGAUUACUUACCACAACUGGCGCCAUGGCUUCAAUGUUGCACAAACCAUGUUCACGCUUUUAAUGACUGGCAAAUUGAAGCGUUACUAUACAGACCUUGAAGCCCUUGCUAUGGUAACUGCAGGUUUAUGCCAUGACAUUGAUCACAGAGGAACCAACAACCUUUAUCAGAUGAAAUCUCAACAUCCUUUAGCGAAACUUCAUGGAUCAUCAAUUCUGGAGAGACACCACUUGGAAUUUGGAAAGUUCUUGCUGGCGGAAGAGUCGCUGAAUAUUUACCAGAAUCUCAACAGGAGACAGUAUGAGCAUGUGCUUAACUUGAUGGAUAUCGCUAUCAUAGCAACUGACUUGGCACUGUACUUCAAAAAGAGAACAAUGUUUCAGAAGAUUGUUGAUGAGUCAGAGAAAUAUGAGGACAAAAAGGCAUGGACUGAUUAUUUGUCUCUGGAGACUACCAAAAAAGAGGUUGUCAUGGCCAUGAUGAUGACCGCCUGUGAUUUGUCUGCUAUCACUAAACCCUGGGAAGUCCAGAGUCAGGUAGCUUUGCUAGUAGCAGCUGAGUUUUGGGAACAAGGAGACCUGGAAAUAAGUGUACUUCAGCAACAACCUAUUCCCAUGAUGGACAGAAGAAAGGCUGCUGAGCUACCAAAGCUUCAAGUUGGUUUCAUUGACUUUGUGUGCACAUUUGUAUAUAAGGAAUUUUCUCGUUUCCACCCGGAAAUCCAGCCAAUGCUGGAUGGGUUGCUGAACAACAGAAAGGAAUGGAAGAGCCGUGCUGAUGAGUAUGAUGCAAAAAUGAAAGCAAUUGAAGAAGAGAAGAAAAAGGCAGCAGAAAAAGCAGCUGAAAAGAAAGGAGCGGCAUUAGCUUGCAAUGGAGGAACAGCUCCCACAUCUAAAACCUGCUGUAUAAUUUAAAGCUCAGAAAGAUGGUGUUUGAAUGACCCAAACUGAGAAACAUCUUGUAAAACAAAAUCAUGGUGUACCAAUAUAAAUUCUGGUUUUACCAUUCUACUACCUAAAUUAGACCUAUCAGCAGCCAUGGAAGGGCCAAAUCUUGUUUGCCUUACUCAUAUGAGUACUCUUAGUGAAGGUAAAGAGCCAAAUUCUUCCCUGUCUCUCUCCACACAAUGCCAUUCAAGUCACUGGGGUUACACAGAGGUUAAGUCAGGGCAGCAUUUGGCGGUCUGAAUCUACUUGCGUCACUAAUGGAAGUAGGAUAUGACCUGAAGUCUGAACAUGCCCCUUACAUGUACACACUGACCUGGAAAAAUGUUGAAAUGAUCAUGUGCCCAAUUCAACCCUAGUUGUGUGGUGGGUAAACUGUGGUAGAGUCAACUCCUAUGUAUCUCACAGGACCAGGUGUAAAAGCCAGCAAUAUGUAAACAGGAAACGCAAAGACUGACCCCUCAGGUUGCUUGGCUUCUCAGAGUGAUAAAAAUAGACUUUAUCCAACAACUGAUGCCUAGAUUCUGAUCUCAGGUAUGCUAGAAUAGACAUGGAGUUGGGAUGACACCCUGGUAACUGAAUUCAGAAUCUGAAUUCAGAAUCUGGACUUUAAUGAGUACCAGCAUUGGGGAAAUCAAAGUACAGGCAUUAGCUGUAGAACUAAUAUAUUGUUUUUAUUUUGCUGAUAUUAGUAAACCUUAUUUUGUGGAGAAACUGGGCCAAAUUCAGGACUGUUCUAAAAGAUUGCAACCCCACUGAAGCCAAAGAAAUGCACAAUGACAAUAAUUCUGUAUUCAGUAGAGUUAGAUGGGUGUGCUGUAAAUA